CCUCCGCCGCAGCCGGCUGUGCGGUAGCGGCGGGCCGGAAGGGGCGCGGCGGCGGGCGCCAUGGCGGCGGCGGGGCCCUUCGCUCUGGUGACCAGCUGCGCCGCCGGCUUCGCGGCAGAGGAGCUCGUCAAACGUAUCACAGGAAGAGACAAUCUUACUGUGGGUGCAAUUGCAAGUGGAAGAGUGAAUUUUUACCCCUGGACAAUAGACAAUAAAUAUUAUUCAGCAGACAUUCACUUCUGUGUAGUACCCAACACAUUUCAUGUUACUGCAGAUAUUGCUGAAUCUGUGCAAGCAUUUGUUGUGUACUUCGACAGCACAAUAAAAUCUGGACUUGACAGUGUUUGUGAAUGGCUUCCACUAACAGAGGAGUGGUUACCAGAAGUCAUGAUCCUGGUUUGUAACAGAGUUUCUGAAGAUGGUGUUAACAGACAGAAAGCUCAAGAAUGGUGCAUCAAGCAUGGCUUUGAACUGGUGGAACUUAACCCUGAGGAGCUGCCUGAUGAAGAUGAUGAUUUUCCAGAGUCCACCGGAGUGAAGCGAAUCGUACAAGCCUUGAAUGCCAACGUGUGGUCCAAUGUAGUCAUGAAGAGUGACAGGACCCAAGGCUUUGGCCUGCUCAGUACCUUAGCAGGUGGAAACUGUAGCAUUGGGUCAGAAGAGAACCAAGAUACAGAAUCCAAUCCAUCAGCAGCAGAUGAAAAAUCCCAGUUAGACAACAGAGAAGAUGGAGCAAGCACCAACAGCCUGCAGACUGACAGCGUGGAAGACCCCAUGUUAGAUACAGACAUUCAAGAGUUAGCCAACCUCACCACCAGAGACAGUGACCUGGAGAACUUUGAAAGGCUCUUCACAAAGCUGAAAGAAAUGAAAGAUAAAGCUGCCACAUUGCCUCAUGAACAAAGGAAGCUACAUGCAGAAAAGGUGGCCAAAGCGUUCUGGAUGGCGAUCGGAGGGGACAGAGAUGAAAUUGAAGGUCUCUCCUCAGACGAAGAAAACUAAGCUGUGUAGCUGCAGGCAUCAGAGCAGUGCUAAAAGAGAUCUUUCCCUGCAGUGAGUGUUGAUUGUGAAAAGCCCCAUUUAGCUUUAGUUGCUUGCUUUGGUUAAAGGAUUCUCCACAUCACUGUAACUAAGUGACACAUUCCACACCUCCUAAUGGGUCGAGUGGCUCUGUCUGACUCUUCAUUUGUUCUCUCUCAGAGGGUUUUGGAAGGUGGUGCAUGCAGGGAGAGGAAGUGGUAAUAAUUAGUUUACUUUUUUAUUUCAAAUGAACAUUUUUAUAGUUUCCUUGUUGGAGUUUAAAUAAACCAAUUGACUACCAGUUAUCUCUCAACAUAUGGCUGGUGGUUGUUAAGUGACUACUUCAUCCUCAGCUCCACAUUUCAGAUACAGGCCUGGCUGAUGGUUUUAUGUAGCCAUAGAGCUGAAUUCCCAGUUCAAACAAACCAGAUUUCUAUGAGCCACGAAGGAAGAAUUGCUGAAUUGUGCCCUGCUGUGAGAUGCUCUCUGCCAGGGCUGCAAGAUGAAUCCUGCCCAGUGCCAAAGCUAUUAAAAGUGGCCCAGAGGCUUUGAAUUCUGUUUGUGUGCAUGCCCCUGUGCUCCUCUGGGAAGCCAGGUGUUGUGCCAUACUCCCUGCAUUGCCAUUAGAAACUAAAUUCAGAAUUAAAUGCAAGACAGAUUUUGGCUGCUGUUCCAGGGGUGAAGUUCCAUGCCUGAGCCUCCUGCAGCGCUUGGCUUCCAAGGGCUGCAGAAUGCAGAGACCUUCUGCUGGUCAAUUCUGGCCUAAAGGCCUAAAGACAGAAGCUAUGAUCUCAAAAACUCUACACUGAUGGAUUCAGUCAGCAGAACAUGAGCCAGCCUGGGCCCAGUUGGCCAAGAAAACCAACAGCAUUGUGGAUUGGAUCAGGAAUGGUGUGGCCAGCAGGACCAGGGCAGUGAUUGUCCUGUACUCAGCACUGGUGAGGCCAUCCCUCAAAUACUGGGUGCAGUUUUGGGCCCCUCACUACAAGAAGGACAUUGAGAUGCUGGAGUGGGUCCAGAGGAGGGCAGUGAAGCUGAUGAAGGGUCUGGAAAACAGGUUUGGAGAGGAGCAGCUGAGGGAGCUGGGGUUGUUUAGCCUGAAGAAAAGAAGGCUGAGGAGAGACCACCUGGUUCUCCACAGCUCCCUGAAAGGUGGGGGGUUCAGUCUCUUCUCCCAGGGAACAAGCAAUAGGGCAAGUUGCCCCAGGGGAGGUUUAGCUUGGACAUGAGGAACAAUUUCUUCUCCAGAGGGUUGUCAAGGCCCUGCCCUUGGCUGCUCAGAAGAGUGGUGGAGUCCCCAUCCCUGGAGGGCUUCCAAAGCUGUGUAGAUGUGGGGCUGUAGGACAUGGUUUGGUGGUGAGCUGGCAGUGCUGGGGUAAUAGUUGGACUCCAUGAUCUUAACGGUCUCUUCCAACCAAAACAACUCCAUGAUUCUAUGAUUUAUUACAGGCUGAUGCUCCUGUAGGUUCAUUCCAAGGCACCAGAGUACAGGUCGCAAAUUGCUGCUUUUUAUGAUAUCAAGGGUUAGAAAAAGCCUUUGUCCUCAGAUGCAGUGUGUUGGCAUCUGUGCAGGCACACAGCUGCAGACCCGAUGGAGAGUCUAAACAUCAAGGUAGUGAGAAAAAGGAGGAAGGCACAGGUGGAGAGGGAGCGAGUGGAAUGCCUCCCUGUCACCUCUUCUACUGCAGUCAGCCAUCAGAUACAGUCAGUGGAUCAGUUUCAGCCCUUAAGAAACAGAGCAGAAGCCUCUAAGGCUCCCUGACAGGAGGCUGGAGUGAGGCAAGUGGUGGACCAGGAUGCCCAGAGAGGCUGGGGAGUCUCUUUCUCUGGAGCUUCCAAACCCACCUGGCCAUUGUGAUCCUGGGCAAGCUGCUGUGGGUGCCUCUGCUUUAGCAGGGGGUGGACUGGAUGAUCUCCAGAGGUCACUUCCAACCCCCACCAUGCUGGGAUUUGGUGAGAUAUUAGGAAAUAGUUUUAAUGAUCUUAAAGAGUAUUGGUUUUAAAUCGAGUUUAGUUUGCUGGUAGCUUGGGUUUUGUUCUGGGGGUUGUUGUUUGGGUUUUUUUCUGCAGUCUUUGUGCCUCCAGAAUUUCUUUACAAAAUAGAUGUGACCAAAAUGAAUAAAUGGGGCAUUAGUGGAACAGUAAA